AUUGAUGUUAGUCACUGCUAGAAGUUGACAAUGAUCAACUGUCAUGUGCUAGUGAUAAUCGUACAAGUUGAUUUAGGAAAGUUUUUGAUUCCUGUGUUUUGAUUCCUUAAAAUUGUUUUCGAUAAACUGACAAUUUGUUUAUCGAUCUCAUUGUUUACAAAUGCGACAUCGAAAAGAAAAUCUUUACUAAUUUUAAAGUCAGCGCCGAGAAAAUUACACGAUUAUUAUCCUAUUUUCGUCGCGUAAGGCCCUAGUUAUUGAGUAUUCAUCAUGCCAAUUUUAUACAGUGUGGUGGCUCGAGGGCCAGUUGUGCUGGCAAAAUAUGCUGCCUGUACAGGAAAUUUUGAGGAAGUGACAGAAAAUAUUCUAGCUAAAAUUCCACCUCAAAAUGAUAGAUUAACAUAUUCACAAGGACCUUAUCGAUUUCAUUACAUCUGUGAAGAUAAUAUUAUUUACAUGUGCAUCACAGAUGAUGAUUUUCAAAAAUCAAGGGCAUUUUUGUACCUUACAGAAAUUAAAAGAAGGUUUAUAGCUGUUUAUGAUCAAGGAGCACAGACUGCAGUGGCAUAUGCAAUGAACUCAGACUUUGCUAGAGUUCUAGCUAAUGAAAUGAAAUAUUACAGUGAGUCUAAUCAGGACAUUGAUGUAUUGUGUAAAGUGCAUGGCGAAUUAGAUGAAUUGAAGGACAUAAUGGUAAAAAAUGUCGAUAAUGUAGCUAUGCGCGGGGAACGAUUAGAGCUUCUCGUAAAUAAGACCGAAAAUUUAACUGCCAAUUCAGUCACAUUUAAGAAAACGAGCAGAAAUUUGGCCCGCUCGCUAUUCUGGAAAAAUGUUAAAAUUUACGUUAUUAUUGGUGUUAUCCUUAUUAUUGUGAUAUACGUUAUCGUGUCUAUGGCUUGCGGAGGCUUAGCUUGGCCAAAAUGUGUUGGAAAUUAAUUGACACGUAUAGGAAUUAGACACGUGUUUCUAAAUGUGAUGAAAAUUGGUUUCGGAGGACUGAAUUGGCGCGAAGAAAUAUUUUUAAAUGGUGCAGAUCUUAUUUCUUGGUUCGCGGCGCGCAUCAGGGAACCGAGAAACGAUGUUCAAUCGUGCAACUUUAUCGGGAAGAAUAUUAUAGAUAUGUAUGUAUAGAGAUAAAUACGUAUAUAACGCUUAUAUUAUUUUAUAUCAUACACUACCAAAAAAUUACCAAUGUCGUCGAUCUUUUCAAACGAUGAAUAUAAUUUUAACGUCACUAGCAUAUAUUGUAUUAUACUAAUAUAUUGUACGAAAAAACAGAAAAGAAUAAAACAGUUCUGGUUCACGAA